ACUGACGUUCGGACAAGAAGUUGAACUAAUCUGGGUAAGCAGACUCCCACAUCAGAAGAAUGACAUGAAAAUACAACUUGGUCACGGCAGAGGCAACGCUGGUCCCUGAUGACCUUUCUCUAUCUCAGUGUAUGCACCUUGUGUCACAAUAUUUACGCUCAGAAAGUUCAAUUUUUGCUGACUAUCCUAGACUGUUUCUUUCUUGUGACGAGUACCAUACAGUCGGUGUUCCAACAAUUUGGACGACAGAUGCAGUGAUUGUGAGUGUGUUUCAAGCGCGUGACCCUCCGAGGCGGAUAACUCUGUAUUUGUCACUGUCAGGCCUCAUCAUGUACAACACACGUGAUUGCAUGACUGACGUUGUAGAUGUGAUACUUGGCGUCAUCAUGAUCACUCGGUUACACGCUAUGUAUCAGCGAUCAAGAAAGGUGCUGAUAUUCCUCGUUGUCAUCUUUCUUGCCAUCAGAAUCCCCAACGCAGUGAUGCUCGCGAUAGAGAUAAUGCAGAUUUCAGGGGAGGAAUUUAUUUUAUCUGGCACCUAUCAGUGCAUGAUUUUCUAUGCUGGAGAUGCCUUAUCUCUGUAUUCCAUAACUUGGACACUUGGCGCUGUAUGGGAAGUCCUUGUGUUGUGUCUCGCGGUUUGGAUUGCUGUAAAGCACUUCCGUGAACUGCGACGACACUCAACAAGUAGUGUUUUGGGGGACUGUUUCACGGUGUUGAUGCGAACUCACGUUAACUACUUUGCAAGUGUUUUGAUUGUCUCUUGCUUCCAGAUCGGUUUAUUCUCUCCGACGCUCUCAGCGGACCCAAAUUCCCUGGACGUUCAGAUUUAUUUUGGUCUCGCUCAGGUCUUCCAGGUCGCGCAGAUGUUUAUGCUGGGGCCACGCCUCAUCCUUAGCAUUCGAGAAUAUCAUGCCAAGCUGGUGGCCGACUCUGAUACAGCAACCGUUAUGACUUCAAUUGCUUUCCAGGAACGUGUCCAAGUGUCGACCAGCAGUAGUGUGUAGUUCGGGAUACGUUUGAUAUGAUUUACAAUUGUCAAGUAGUCUACAGAGUGCAGGAAAAUUGAUUUGUAUUUAUUCCAGGUUUUGUC